AGGUGGCUGGCGUAUCAGCGACCACGGAGCGAUUAACUGCUCCCCCGGCGCCUCCUCAGGGCCACUCGCCCCUCCAACUCUUAGAUGAGCCUCACAUGUCCAUUGCUGCGGCUGAAAAUGCAGGGUACGUAAGGGCACAGCGUAAUGACAUCAUCAAAGAGAUUUCAUUCAAGCGAGGGGGAUGCCAUUAGCAGGCUUGGCCCAUGUGAACUUCCAUUGCCGGACCAGUGGCUCGUCCAUACACAGCUCCUACAAUCGUCACAACAAUAUUCAUCGUCGUCGCAAGCAGCAGGUGGCCAUAGUUUGGGAUUGGCUGGACUGUCAACACUGCCGUUACACUCUCAGCAGCAGCAGCAGCAGCAACAACAUUCCAACAGUUCCCAGCAGCAACAGUCUUCAGGUCAGCAACCGUCAGCAUCAUCACAGCAGCACCAUCUGCAGUCGAAAAUAAUGAACGCCGUGGUUCCGGCCGUGUCGGUUCCGGCAGCAACCAAAAAAAUUCGUAGAAAACCAGAUACUAAGCCUCAAUCACAAAUCAACAAGUGUAAUAACGAGAAACGUCGCCGUGAGUUGGAGAAUGAGUACAUAGAGCAGCUCGGCGAGUUUCUGCAAAUCAACAAGCGGGAUAUGACCGCUUGCAAGCCGGAUAAGGCAGCGAUACUCAGUGAAGUGGUGCGAACGUUUCGUCGUUUGCUGGAACAAGGAAACCGCGAUCUAACCGGAUCGAACCGUUGCUCCAAGUGUUCACCCGAUUGCAGCGACUCCUGCAAGCUGCACCCGGUUCAGCAGGGUGAAGUUUCCUCUACGGAACCGCCACUGCCGGAACCAUCCGCCAACGGCCAUUCGCCGGAGAAGUCGGCCUACUUCGAAGCGGUCCAGCACUACAUCUCCAACGUGGGCUGGGCGCUGCUCGAGAUCAACUCGGAGGGUGUCAUCGAAUGUGCCACCGAGAACGUACUGGACGUGCUGCACUACUCACGCACGGAACUGCACGGCCAGUCCAUCUAUUCGUACCUGCAUACUGGUGAUCAUUCAAAGCUGAGUCCUAUUUUAAAUAAGAAUUCGUUUGAACUGAACUGGGAUCAAGAUGAGAUGUUUUAUCAGACACCAAAGCGAACUAUUCGGACAAAGAUUCGCUGGCUGCUAAAGGCGCCGGAGAGUGCCAACGACACGAUCGAGCAGAAACAGCAACGCCAGGACAAAUACAAGGAUCUGCUAAUCAUCUCCGCUCCCGUUAAGGAUGACACCGACACCGAGUCGUCGUCGGUGCUUUGCCUAAUCACACUACCAGAGGACGACCACCAGGGCGCCAUCGAGAGCCACACUAUGCCACAGACGCUGGACGAGCAACUGACGCUCAAGCUGGAUAUGAGUGGCGCCGUUAUAGAUUUGGACGCAGCCACACUAAGAAAACAAUUCGCAGGAUACCUAACCAAAGAGACUGUACGGUCAAUCCACGAUCUCUGCCACUUUCAGGAUCGGCCUCGUUUGAACGAGCACCUCAACAAUGUGAUGAACGCGAACGGUACCGCUCAAAUUUCGUCGUACCGGUUGCGUCUCGGCGGACCGGAUGUGUACGUACACGUCAAGGCCCAGACGAGAUUAUUUCGCAACAACAAACCAAAUGAACCGGAUUUCAUAAUGGCCAUCCAUACGAUUCUAACCGACAGUGAGGUAGCCAUGGUGGAAAGUGGCUUGGCAAGCGGUAACAAUCCGUCUUCGUCGUCAUCAUCCAAUUUGGCAUUACCAAGCACUAGCAGUAGUGGCAGCACUGGUGGUAGCACGGCUCGCACACUACAACAAAUUACGCAGGGAGUUAGUAACAUGGGUGGACCGUUAAUGUCCAGCAUACUGAACGGGGGAGGUAGUGGGGCCGGUCCAGGUGGUCCCAGCGGACCCGGUAAUAUGCAAGGUGUCCUAGGUUCAGUUGUUUCGCCACGGAGCAACCCCAACUCCUCGCUGCUGCAAUCGGAUAGUUCAAACUUUUUCAAUUCGGAUUUCGAAUUUGAAUUUCCACAUUCCACAUUUGACAUGGAGUCGGUCGGUGUCGGUUGGGACUCGAGACCUGAUUCGCGAACGAGUGUAACUCCAGUUAGCACGCCCCGGCCUCCGUCAGUGACGGCGUACAGUCCUGCUGCAGCUCCCAUGUGUCCCUCCCCGUUAACCCCGUACCAUGCUGGAAGUGCAGGUGGACAACCGUCUCCUUCGAACAACAAUAACAAUAAUAGUAUGACCAACAACAACAAUGGUCCCUUUGGUGGAAACUUCCCGUUUCCUUUCGAUGAUAAGGAGAAGAUUCAGGAACAGAUUCAUCAACAGCACCAGCAACAGCAGCAGCAACAACAACAGCAACAACAGCAGCAGCAACAACAACAGCAUCAACAUCAGCAUCAGCAGCAUCCACAGCAACAAAUGGCCUCACACGACUCAGAGCGGUUACGUAAUCUACUGACAACCAAACGACCUCACUCAAAUGCCUCGUCCUCGUCUGGUUUGGAUAUGGAUCAUGACCACCGGAACCCGAAUCGGAUUCUGAAGGGCUUACUAAAUUGCGAAGAAGAUAAGGAUAGUAAUGGAAAUAAGUUAAGCACUACGGCGGCUCUCUCCCAACGUUUACCUCAGUCAGUUAGAGUUCACCAGUCGCAGGGUAGUGGUAGUAGUGGUGGCUUAGGGGGCAGCCGCCCGGGCGGCUCUGAAAUCAAGUCUGGUAGCAAUAACAUGCUAUUGCAGCUACUCAACGAGAAAAGUGACGACGAUGAUCCGGAAUCGCGGAAUCGGCCGAGUGAACUGCUGAGGCAGCUACAAAAAGUUAAAGAGGAACCCAAGGAACACCCGGCCCCGCUCAACAACGAGGAGCUGAUCCAGAUGCUUCGAUUGCAGGGAAACGAUCGCAAACGACCCUCGAACGAACCGGACGAGGGCGGUGCCGCGAAGCGUCCCGAUGAUAAACCGUCCAAACUGCGCGAGAAGAACAAAAUGUUAGCCUCGCUGCUGGCCAAUCCGGCUAAGGCCCCGACGCCACUGUUGCCCGGCCACCUGCCCCUGAACCGUAUCAUCCCCGAUAUACCCAUCUCCAAUGUGGCCCGCCAGAUGGCAAGCGUCACCAGUUCGACGCCUCCAAAUCAGAGCAUCAACAACAACAACCUGACAACCAGCAACAAUAAUCUGAAGCAAGUACAACAGAUUAAUCACCAGCUGCGGAUGCAGCAACAGCAGCACAUGCGCAAAUCAGCUAUGCCUUCACAAUCACAACAGCCACCUACUUCAUCCGAUAUCUACCUCAGCCACCAACAGCAGCAACAGGCAUUGCUCCAGCAGCAACUGGUUGCCGCCCAGCAGCGCCAGCAAAAUUUCUCUCCAGCGAUCCAGGACUCGGGAAUCGGUUCGGUUGGCAGUGGUCCGUUUGCGACACCCUCAUCGGCCACUUCAACCACCAACCAACCAACGCCCGAGUGGGAUCCGGAGCUAAACGAAAUACUUAACCACGUAAUCGAUAUCGCACCCGAGGGUAACUUUGGCGAAAGCGAACUCAAUAGUCUUUUAGGUAUAAGUUCCAUCGAGUCAUCCACAUCAGCCACUCCAUCCCAAUCGAGCCAGCAGGACAUGCAGGAGAAGCUUGCGAUUAACGCAAUCCAGAAAUCCCUGAUGCAGAUUGAAAACGUCACCUCCCCCAUGCAGUACAGUGGCAGUCCGCCGGCAUAUCCGAUGCACGGUAUGGGCCCCGGAGGAUCUCCGGCUGGUUCCAUGUCCCAGCAGCAGCAGCAGCAGGGCUCCGGCACUCCGACAUCUUCCAAUCCUCCGAAUUUCACCCCGCCUCCAGUAUACACACCGCGAAUGCGUUUGUCCGGUCCAGGACCGGGCAGCGUUGGACAGAUGGGGAACGGUGCGCCGGGAGCGAAUGCGCUUGCCAUUCAAAAGUUGCAAAAUCAUCAGCAACAGCGGGAACGGUUGCUCCAGGAGCAGCAGCGACAGAGGCUGCUACAGCAGCAGAAGCAACAGCAGAUGGUUGUGCCCGUCAAUGCUACGGCGAACGCUGAUAUGAACCUUGGACUAACGCCCGGUAUGCAGAACAUCGAGUCACUGCUGAAUAAUACGGUGGCUCCGAACGUGUCGCUGACCCGUGCGAACAGUGUCGUACCAGACUCCCAGCUCAGCCCAGGAUUCUCGCCAAGUCAGCUAAUGCAGCAGCAGUUGAGUCCAAACCAGCGAACCCAACUGAGUCCUCAGCAGGCAGGUUUCCAGGGAAACCCGUUCAACAACAAUCCGGUUCAUCGGAUGUCACCGCAACAACAGCAGCAGAUGGUCGCUAACUUCCAGCAAAGCAACGCUGGCAGUCAGCAACUAUCACCUCGACAACCUCCUUUCAGCAGUGCCCAACAAGUCACACAACCCAGCGCAGCCGCCAUCCAGCAACAACAGCAGCAGCAGUGGCAGCAGAAUGCAAACGCCCGCCUCUCAAUCCAGCAGCAAAAUCCAAUGCUCAAUGCUCAACUAUCGACGGUACCCGGAUUCAAUCCAGCCGCAGCCAACCGACAAUUUGUGGCUCCGCAACGACAGCGUUCCCUAAACUCCCCCGGAACUCCACGACAAGGUUCCUUUGUUGGAACGGUGGAUGGGGGAUUUCCUGGACCACCGAGUCCCUCACAGGGUAAUACUGCAUCAGGACCCAACUUCGGUAAUCCCGUCUACGCUAGCCAGCAAAUGAGACUCCAAAGACAGGGUAGUGUUCCUCCCCAGGCCACCCAGCAUUUACCAGGAUCGCCACGUCCCUCGUACGGUGGACAUGGACCCGGUCCGGACGCUAGUGGCUAUGGGAUGAUGUUCAGCAAUGCCGCAAUGCAGCAGCACUCGGCGGGCUCACCAGGCGAUUUCUUCAAUCGCAGUCAAACUGGUGCCAACGGUGGGUUGAACUCAUCGGAGCUGGUCCGUCAGGAGCUGAGGGCGGUGGUCAGUGGAAGGGCGCAGAAUGCAGCAAGUGGCGGUGUUGGCGGAACGGGCGGCCUGCGAACACCGCAAAGUCCAAUCGGGUUGUCGCCCAUGGGAGCCGCUGGCGGUGGCGGUGGCAUACAGGGACCUGGAAGUGCGAACAGUACAGCAGUAGGCACGGGUAACAACAGUUCCGUGCUCAGCCCCGGAAUGGGGGGCAUCACAGGGAAUUUAGUUAGUAGUGGUGGUGGUGGUGGUGCAGGAGGAGGAGUAGGAGGUAUAGGAAGCGGAAGCAAUUCUGGCAAUGCUGACGGUAUGCAGACAUCACAGUUACCAGGUACGUCAUCGUUACUCAACACACCAGGCGACAUGGAUCCGUCAAUGCUAUUCAAUUUUCACCUCGCGCCGAAAGCGGAUAUAGGCGGAACCAUUUUAGAUAGUAAAUUACUAACCUCUAGCCAAUGGCCCUCGGUAGCCGACGAAAAUGAGAACCCUAUUAAGAGGAAUUCUUCGGAGGAAAUACGAGUCGGUGACCCGAAAAAUUCGUCCCUCCUUCUGCAAAAACUUCUAUCGGAUUAAAGUGAUAAACUUAUUUAGCUUUGUUUUGUAAAUUUAGUCCAGUUGUUUUGUUUUUCGUUUUGUUUUAUUUUACGACAAAUUAAUAAACAUUGAAAAAUGUACAUUUAUGUACACACAAUCCAGUUGUGUUACAAUUUGAUUUGGCAUAUGAAAAAAAUCUAGAAAAAAAACAAAAAAAAUCCCUCAAGUUAAACAAUGGUUACAACAAAACAAAUAUGAUAAGAGAUGUGAUGUUCAAUAUGGGGUAGAACCAGAAACAACAAAUAACAAACUGAAAUGAAAGUAUAUAAAAAUAACAAGAAAAAAUGGUACCGCGUUGUAAAUAUUAGUUAUUGUAAAGUGUAAUCCAAGUAUAUAAUUUAAAGUAUAUAUAUACAGAGUAAAGUUGUUCUAAGGUUUAAGCAAUUAAGUAAAUAAAAAAUGCUAAAAUAAACAACAAAACAAAGUAAGGAAAAUAGAAAUACCUCUAACAUUAGUUCAAACUAAUAACAAGAAGAAGAAAAACGAAAGUGUUAAGCAUAAAAAUGUAUCUAAAUUAACCAAAAAUCAACAAACAAGCGAAGGUGGAACGUUGGAACCAGCAAGUGACGAAUCAAAUCAUAGUUCGAGAGUAAAAUAAUAAAAAAACAAAACAAACUAGUAAAUUCGAUGAUAGAAAGAUAUGCCCUCGUUGAAAGUACGAAACAAGAGGACAGCAAAUUUAGCGAGACGAAGCCGGUCUCGAUCCCAAAGACUUGCGAGCAAGCAAACGAAAACAAACAAACGAAGAGUUACGAAACAAAAAAAAAAACAUUUGAAAUACACUCAUAAAUCAACGGUUUCGCAUUUAUUAAAAAGCAGAAGUUGAAGACAAAAUCAAUGUUACAGAAAAAAAAUGUCACAAAC